AUGGCGAAGGUGGUUGCGGCGCAAGUUAACCGCGUUGUGGACUCGUUGGAGUCAUUCAAUGCCCAGUGGGAGCCAGCACUGGCACGAAGCAUCCAGCAAGUGGAGCAUGUAUGCCAGGAACUGCUCGACGAUGAUGAUCCGGAGGCAGAACUAUCAAUAACCGGUCAAGUGGUGCUUGAGCAGUGCAUGGAUAAGCUGAAUGCCACGUUGGAGGAGAUGGCCUAUCAGCAUCGAAGCACGCAUCAGAUGUUGUCGAAGAUUGGCAAAGAUAUCGACCAGACGUUCAUUCCCGAUUUAGCCUGUUUCAUGAAAAUAGAGAAGAAUUUUGAUGGGAAUGCAGAGUUGCAGUCCCGAGUGAAUGCUCUUAUCAUCAAUCAUCUGACAAGCACCGGGAAGUUCGACGUCGCCGACAUCUUCAGACAAGAAGCUGGGCUGGGUGAUUCGAAUACUCCUGGCUUCAAUGUUGAUCAGAUUCGACAUAUCAUGGGUGCGUUCCAGCAGAAAAAUAUUGCUCCGGCACUUGAAUGGCUUUUGGAGUAUGCUCCCUGUGAGGAAGAAAUGAUAUACGAUCUUCACAAGCAGCAUUUCAUUGAACUCCUGGAAUCUGGCCGCAAUAUGGAGGCGCUGCAGUACAGCCGCAACUUAACAAAAUGUCCCGAUGAGCUAAUGGAGCUGAUGUGGGCGCUGGUUCGGAAAGAUCGUAAACAGCGUUAUCCAAAACUGUUCAAUGCAACCACUUGGCAGCAGCUCGAGUUGCGGCUCGCGCAGAUAUUGUCACGCUCGGAAACCCAUCUGAGCGAAAUCAUUGCGCUUGGUGCUAAAAUAAUAUCGUCGCUUAUUCAUUUGCGCCGGCUAAUGACAAAACGAGCACCGGAGUCGAUAUUCCAAGGUGACGAGCUGCCUGUUGAAGUGGAUAUCUCGAACAGUGUCCACUCAAUCUUCGCAUGCCCAAUCCUCAAGGCGCAGUGUACGCGUCAGAACCCCCCGAUGCGGCUGAGCUGCGGACACGUCAUCUCUCGAGAAGCACUUCACAAGUUGUCGCAAUCGGGACGCUUCAUUCCUACAGCUCAUGUUGCGCAGGGAGCCGGUAAUGCAGGCCAUCACCGUCUCAAGUGUCCGUACUGUCCUCUGGAGUCGACAGUCGCCGAUGCAAAACGAGUGUAUUUUUGA